GCGUAAAAUCCACGUUUACGCACGAAUCCAUAGAAGAGGAGAAUCUCUGGAAAGUUGCAGGUAGACCUGAGAGCGCUCGUUUGUGGCUCAAGAGCAGGCGCUCGUCGAGGGAGAGACAGAGGAAAGGAGGGAGGAGGAGGUGGAGGGGGAGCCUCAAGGCCAAAGUGAGCUUUAUGUACAGCAGCGGGUCACUUUCUGAGAGCCAGUUGGAGCCAGAGGCGACCCGGAGCGCGCAGGAGCCGCACCAAACUGAAGCGGAUCAUCAGUCCCAAUCACUGAGGCCAGCAGCAGGGGAGCACAUUGCUCCACACAGAGAAGGAAGAAAAAAAACACAGAAAGACAGACAGACACGGAAGAGAAGUGAAAGAGAGAGAGGCUGAGUGCGGGACAGUCGGCAACAACGCACCGUGGAAGUUUAAAGUGUGCGGGAUCAGGAGGAAACAGGCUCGGGUGGCCGUGCAGGGUCGGAGAAGAUGCCGCGGGUAGUCCCGGACCAGAGGAGCAAGUUUGAGAAUGAGGAGUUUUUCCGCAAGUUGAGCAGAGAGUGUGAGAUUAAAUACACUGGCUUCAGGGACCGGCCCCAUGAGGAGAGACAAGCCCGCUUCCAGAACGCCUGCAGGGACGGACGCUCAGAAGUUGCCUUCGUAGCAACAGGUACCAACCUCUCCCUGCAGUUUUUCCCAGCCAACCUCCACGGAGACCAGAGGCAGGUUCCAUCCAGGGAAUACGUCGACUUUGAAAGAGAGACAGGAAAGGUCUAUUUAAAGGCCCCAAUGAUCUUGAAUGGGGUUUGUGUGAUCUGGAGAGGAUGGAUUGACCUACAGCGGCUGGAUGGGAUGGGAUAUCUGGAGUAUGACGAUGAGCGAGCACAGCAUGAGGACGCUUUGGCUCAGGCAGCGUUUGAGGAAGCGCGGCGCAGAACCAGAGACUUUGAGGACAGAGACCGAUCGCACCGAGAGGAUUUAGAGGACCCUGUGGUUUCUAAAAUCUGGGACUGAUGACACACAGAAAGACAGACAGCCAGCAGAAAAGAACAGGACGACAGCAGGACCCCAGCCCUGGCUCAAACAUGGCCAACGCUGACGUGGAACACAAGAUGCGCUGACGAUGGAAGAAGGAAGAGAAAAAGGAAACUGAGGCAGUUUGUUUGUUCAAUUUCAACACAGCCGGCUUGAAAGAAAAACUGCAUGAAACUGCAGUCAUGGACCGAUUGUUCUGCAUUAUUCCUCAAAACGGUUUAAACUUUUGAUUGAUAUAUUUCUCAAAAUUUUGAAUGCAGACUAUAGAAACUCCUUAAACUGAAAUUUGCGAUUGACAUACACAUAUAAACGACAAAGGAAACCAAAGAUUUAAGCAGAAACAUUUGGAUGGAUGCAGUUAUUUAGAUUUCGACUUGAUGUGGACGGUUUCAGAUCAAUGCAGAACAUUGAUAACGAGGAAGAAGGAGGAAGAAGACGUUUGAACAAGAAGGAGCAGAGAAAAGAAAGAAAUCGUUGUGGCUCAGGGUCACAGUCAGGGCUUACUUCCACAGCAUGAAUCAAAAGAGGUUUUAACAGGUCAUGUUAUUAAAAUACACAUUUUCAUUUUUUUCAGUGUUUCAACACCAUGUUUGCCAACAUGCCUGUGAGAGCUUCCAUUUUAUCAACUUAAUUUCUUAAAACCUGCUGUUUUCUGAGACCAAAGUUCACUUUGCUGGAGGGAGGGAGGGGGAGGGGGGGGGUAAAAAUAGGAGACCUAAAAAAUGAGAGAGACAAACCAAAGAAAUAUUUACCAGGCUGGAGGGUUAAGAAGUGUUUGCAUUGUGUAAAUUUAGAUUCUUUGAAACCAUCACAGCUUAUGUAGCGACAACCUGAAGGCUCUAAGUGUAAAAACUGCUACAUGACCUUCUGCUCUCAUACAACUGGCUUAAAUGUGUUGUGUGUUUUUCAUGGGGAGAGUUAAAUGUCCUUCGUCUUCCAAGAGGUUUUGCACUAUGUGAUACAAUUAGUCUUGACCCCCACAUUGCUUGUCCUUUUACUGCAUGAAAUCAAACAUGGGGCUUCCUUUGCUCCCUAUUGCUCGUAUCACAGCCUCUUUAUCGUCAGAGCACUCUUUAUCCGCUCUUUGAUGAGGAACAGCUGGGUCAGGUUGGGUUUUUAAAAAAUAUUAGCGCAUGAAUUAAAAAUGUCCAUCUAUCCAUCCAUCAAUUGUCCAUACCCACAAAUCCGUGCACGGUUGCGGGGCCGGCUGAUGCUCCAGCGGUCACGGGGCGAGAUGUAGGGUACACCCUAGACAGGUCGCCAGCUCUUAAUUUCCUUCUCUUGUUGUAUUUAUCAUUAUUAUUUUUCUAAAAACCAAAACGAAUUUGUCAGAAGUCCUGCGCUUUUAUGAUCAUUUGAACCCAGGAAAAUACUUUAAAGUUAUCCUCCACCUGCUACACCAGUAUUUUGGCAAUCGCGUCAAUUUCAUCAACACAUUAACUCCAGGGUCCUGUUUGCUUCAUUUAUACACUCAGGUUCACACGGUAAAGUGUAACGUUCAAAACUGUGAGUAAAAAUAUUAUCAUUGACCCUUUUCUUCAGGAUUUCCUCUAACAUGUGUUUCAGCAUCAGCAUUGGUAAACUCUCUGGUUUGUAGCUGUGCAGCUGUUUUACUGACGCCUUGAGCAACACCUCAAACUGCUUGGUACGCAAAUAGGAAUGAACCGGUUCCAUUUUGUGUUUUAAACCAGUUCCAACUUGCACACGUUAGCAGGUCAAGAUGACACACUCCAUUGCAACGUUUUACAGCAGCUGAUUUUGCAGCAUAAAACCCAGAAACUAGGUCAACACUAGAAAAACGAGAAACAAGGAGCUGACACUUGGGGGUUCGGAUCGAGAGAACCCUAGGGUUUUCUCAAAUUAGUCUUUUUAAUUUAAAUUCGCUCUUUAAUUGCUACCAGUAGCUGUUUGACUUUUUCGUAGAAAGGAUGGAGUGCCAUGAAUGCCACUUUUGUAUAUUUCAAUAUAGGGUAUUUGAAAUUUGAAAAAUGCAAUUAAAAAAAUAGAUAAAUUAGUCAAUAAAUCACUUGGUGCCAAUAACUGAUUAAAUGCUGGAUUGAUAUAUGAAAUAUUAAUAAGUUAGUUUUUUAAAACUUGGAAGCAGUUGUAUAAUAUUUAAUUGAUAAAUUACGUCAUGGUUAUUUUUGCUGCAGUGCAUCAUGAAAUAUUUGUCAGUGUGGUCUAUCAAACAGACCCCCCCCACAUCUGGUGGGUUAACCUACACAGCAAUCCAACUUCAGACCAAUUGUUUUGACCGGAGCAAUGUUUGCUGAUAAAAAUACUAAAGGUAUAUAGUGUUAAAAAAUAUAUAUUAGGGAAACAGUGGUACUUUUUGCAAACAAAACAAUAAGAAAAUUUAUCUGGACUUAUUUAAUCAGUUCUUUGAUAAAUUACCUAUGUUUUUGUUUCCAAUUCUAAUUAAUUAACAAAUUAAUUAACCUAUUGGCUCAUAAAUUAAGGAUGUAAUCAUUUAGAAUUUUGUUGCAUAUCUGGUCCCCAUACAACAAUAUCUUCCAAUCAGCAGCUCGGGUAUGUUUUUUUUGCUCUUAUCUACCGAUCACAUCCCAUGAAGCAGUUUAAAUGAAAGGGAAGACAUUUAGCAGAUAUAACCGAAAGCGAUCAUUAUAAAUGAUCAGGAGAAUUCAUGUUUACAGGUUUAGACGUUGGCUCUGCUGUGGGUCGACUUCACUGCCUUCACUGAGAUCAACUAAAACCCGUUGAAGAACUGAAUCAGAAUGAACAUGAUUAACUCGUCAGACUGCGCAGGAUGUGGCAGUAUGAGGUCCAUUUAACUCCCAGACGCCACCCAGAUGUUCCUCAUCCUUACAGGGCUGUCCAACUCUGAACGCUGUCCGCUCGAUCCUGUCCUGUUACAGCACUCAUGUAUCGGACCCGUGUGUUUUCCUGUAAGUUGUUGCCUUCCUUUCGUUGUGUGAAAGUCAUGAUGUUUACUUUUUAUAUUUCUCUUAUCUCAGUAGGAGUUUUUAUUUCUUCUCUCAGACCCGAAGCAGCUGCAGGACAUAUUGUGUAAAUCAAAAAAAGAAAAACAUCUCCAGAAGAUUGGGAGGUCUGGGGAUUUUUGUUGCUUCUUAUGUACUCUUUUUUUAAUGUUUUUUGUAUUAUUCUAUUUUAUUUUGUAAUAAAUCCACUUAAAUGUGGAUUGAGUCUCGUCCUGUAAUCUGAAGUGGUUUUACAGUUUCUGAAAUGAACGGUUUUAUUGGCUCCGGGUCUUUUAAGUUCGACUUAUUUUGAUAAAUACAGACUAUUAUCUCUACUUGUACAGUUAUACAACUGUAUGUUUCAGCAUGUUAAUUAGCUUUAAAAGAAAUUAAACAAAAGAAAUAAUAAUAAGCUGGAGUUAGCUAGUAUUUUCAAAAUGUUUCUUCAGGUUCUCUCUGCAAAUGCAGCCAUAGAAUCAGCUCAGGGUUGAAAACAAACAACAAAAGACUUUAUCUGACAUAACAAUACUUUACUAUAGCUUUUAAACUGAUGAACCUUAUAGGCUCAAAUAUGUUAUUUCUUUCUGGCAAUCAGGAUAUUUUUAUCUGAAGAAAUUUCUUCCCGAAGGUUCAGCUGGUUGAGUCAAUAAAAUUAGUCAAAAUGUUUUUUUCUUUUUUUAUUAAAUCUGUUGUUUUUUUCUGAGUGAACCUGCAGGAUGAGGAGGGGCGGUUAUGUGGUCGGCUGUGAUGUUUGUAGGUUUAGAGAGUAGAUAAAGAACUCAGUCCUGGCGUCAUUGUGAGAUAAAUGUGCAGAAUUACAAGUGGAGCUCAUACAGACUUCAUGAAACUGCAGCGCUGAUACACACAUAUUCAUGAUGCGAGAACAAAUAUUGUUGUAUAAAUCAGAUGGUCAACAGUGAAAUAAAAGUAGGAGUGAAAAUGUUCUUAAGAAGAAACUUUUCUAUGAUUUGGUAAAUUAAAACAAUAUUUAUUUAUGGUUUAUAGUUUGACAAUAAGCACUUGUAAAAUAAAUAAAUAAACAGAAUAAGCAAAAUGUUCCAAAUUUGACAUCUGACCUCCAAAAAAAUUUGGUUAUAGAUUUAAUCAAAAAAAGAUCCAUGUUUUCUCCACCACCCGCAAAAAAGGAACUAUAAUAAAAAAAACUGUAAAAGAAGCAUCAAACUCGUCCUUUCAUUAUCUUAAUGCAGGCAUUAAGUCAAACCAUUAAAAUAACAUUUCCUUUCCUUUUCUACAUUGCCUGUUAUUUUUUUAACUUAUUUAUAUGUUAGAACAUCUCUGAUGUGUAGCUUGUGUAAACCUUGCAUUUCUCUUACUGUUUGUGUGCUCUGUGUUUUCAUCUACUUUUAUGUUAAACUUGUCCUCUCAGAGGAGUUUAACAUAUAAUAUGAGAUAUUCAUUUCAAAAUGUUGAUUGUUUAUCACAAUAAAUAUGUAUCAAUUCCUCUA